AUGUCAACAAGUCUAUUCAGAUCCAAACAGUUCAAGCUGAAGAAGAAUUUGAAACAUAUUGUUAUUUCGGGUCCGUUAACAAAUGCAGAAUUGCAACAACAACAACAGCUACAGCAGCAACAACAACUGCAACAACUUCAGCAACAGCUACAACAACAACUGCAACUGCUGCAACUGCUGCAACUGCUGCAUACGCGGUCCCUGACCGAAGACACGCACCAUCAUCAUCACCAACAACAACAACAAGUAACCUCGCCAAUUAAAAAAAGGCUAAGUAACUUUGUUGCAACUCAACACUCCCCCACUCACUCAUCAAAACAUACAGCUUCGCACCAUUCAUUUCUUCAUAGAUCCCACCAUCAUAAUCAUAAAAGUUUCAAACACACUACUGACUCUGAAGAUAAUUCACUACAGGUUAUACUAGUAUCAAAAUACGCCUUCAUUGCCGAAUCACCGCGCGAACUAUCAAUCAAACAAAAACAGUUUCUCCGUUUACUUGAGAAAUGUGGUAACGGCUGGUUAAAAGUGUGUGAAUUGGAAGAUAAUCUGCAAUUAGGAUUGGUUCCUGCUUCUUACUUGGAUAUUGCCAUUAAUGAUAUUACGAGACCAAUUACGUUAGAAUGGCUCCAUGAAUUCAAGACUGACCCUCCAUCCAACAAAAGUAGCAAACGCUUAAUACCUACUGAUUGUUUGAUUGACGAAAUUUAUCAGGAUAUAACCACCAAAAGUAUAUGGUUUUGUGUCAAGAUGCAAUAUGAUUUACAAAUUGUUUUCGCUAGUCGUUCAUUUGAAGAUUUUAUUCAAUUUGAUGCUGGCUUGUCCAAUGUCAAUGCUAGUCUUCCGCAGUGGAAUUUGGGAGAAGUGACAAAAGUAAACUCCACAGUUGUUACUCAAUUGAAACAGAUCUGUAUAGGAUUGAACGAAUAUUUACAAACAGUUGUCAAGCAUUCAAGAUGCAAUGACAAGCAUCGUUUUCAAAAACAAUUACAUUCAUUCAUUUUCGAUUCGGGUAACUAUAUCAAUGUUGACAAGGAGAAUCAUAUCGAAUCUGCUAUUCAAGAAUUAUCGGCUGGUUCAGUUUUAAUUGAUAAAAUUACUUCAUUCGCGCCUUACAAACAACAUGACUUUACAUAUUCGGCUACUGCACCACUACCAUCACAACAAAAUCAACACAAAAUCUAUGAACAACAGAAUCGUCGCCAGAGUGAACAGAUUCUUGGUAGUAGUACAUCGCCUCGCACACCAAUACAUCAAUACUAUGACCAAUCAACAACUACGACAACAACUGGCAAGACCAUGACUGCCUCAACUUUGAGAAAGUCAUUUAGACACUCAGCAUCAGCAGCAGCAACUGCUACAACAUCGCCACAACAUCUUUGUAGAUCCGGGCACCAAAGCAACUACACUUACUCACCCUCCAAAUCACCAUCAUCAAUUGUUUCAAUAACUUCUCCCACAAGACGAUUGGUUAAAUCACGCACUACUAGUCGUGUAUUCAAAAUUCCCGAUCAGCCAGAAUUGGAGGCGAUAACAGCUAGUGGUGGUAGUAUUAACUCCAUACCUGAAUCAUUGAGUUCAAACACUUUGAUAAGUUACACAUCAUUAUUUGACCAGUAUGAAGGAGAUGAGAUAGAGGAAGAGGAGGAUAAUGCACAAGUGGAGGAAAAUGACGAAUACCUUAACACUAGAGAAGAGCUUAGUGAGUUGAGAUUUGAUGAUACAAACGUGAAUGAAAGCACAACGAUAGGUGUAGAUGCAGGUACAGGGAAUUUAUGCGAGGGAAGUACUGCAAAUCGGUCGCCACAACAGUCUCAUAACUCAUCACAAUCACAUUCAUCACAUAAUUCAAACUAUUCCAAACUCAAUAGAAGAGCCGAUUCAACUUCAAACUCAAGUGUUGAGUCCCAUCGUCUCUCAAUUGAUACCAAAGAAACGUCAAUUAAUAACCAAACAAACCCCGUAAAUGCACAUGAAACCAACCAGCAGGAUCUGGAUACAUCAACACUAAAAGACAACAAAACCAAAUUUGAGCCAUUGAAUGUUGUGAAACCUAGGAAACUUUCAAGUACUCUUAGUGAUGCAAGUUUAUUGGAUCUUCGUCAACACAAUCCCAUCGAAGAUGCCAAAGAUUUGAGUCAAUUUGCUACUCCACCAACUACCCCAUUAACACCAACCACACUCAAUGAAGAAAUUUUCACCAAUGAUUCAUCGAUGGCCAACAACCACAAGUUUGAAAAGCCAUUAUCUCAUCAUCAUCACCCACAACAUCCACAUUUCCAAAGAAAGCUCUCGUCUGCAAAUGUUACUCUUCCAUUGCAACAAGUGUAUGCACAAGAUACAAGCUCUUCCAAAGCUAAAGCGAAUCCUCAUGACGAGUUGGAAGAUGAGAUUAAGCCAUUGAACGUAAAGAAGAAUUUGUGGCUGAAAAAGAGUGAUAAUUUAACCCAAUUGGAACCUAAAGAACCAGAGAUUCAACCGCAGAAACUUCACAUCGCAAAGAAGCUGCAACAAAAAGAGCAACAACAACAACAGCAACAACAAGAGCAAGCGCCAGAGUAUAUCAAAUUAAAAAUAUUUCUACAAAAUUCCAGCAAUGAUGUCAUUGUUCUCAAGAUCAACAAAGAUAAGUUAUCGUCCAUGAGCUAUAUCAAACUGAAACUAAGUCGCAAGAUUUAUCAUGAUGCCAAUCUAAUCCAACACUAUGAAUUGGUACCAUUGUUGUCACACAAUGAUGAAGAAAGAAAUAAGGCAUGGACUGAUGAUGAAAUGUUAGUUUAUGUUAAGGAAAAAGUCAAGUGCAAUUUAAAAUUGGUUCGUCAUAAUCGAGGUCAAUAA